AUGGCCUACCAACAAGGUUAUUACCAGACCACCUCCCUCCCCAUGGCCGUCCCCCACAAAGGCCAGCAGUACUACGCUCCUCAGAGCCACCGCUACUCGGUCUCACCGCCUGAAGCCCCCGAGUCAGUCACCACCGGAUCCGGCGUGGGCAAUUCAGCCUACUCGGCAGCAUCCGGCAGCUACGCAGGUAGCGCGAGUGGGGAUUACGAUGGCACGUCCUCCACCAACGGCGUUGACAUGCAAGAGUAUAUGCAAGACCGCUUUGCCGGCGCUUUUGACCCUCUCCCGCUCGACCGCACUUUGGCUGUUCAGACGCAAACAUCAGGAUUGCUGAAUGCGAAGCACCGAGAACUUCUCGAGUUGCAGCAGUUGGCCCAGCAGCGUCUCGCACGCUCGAGAGCUCGGUUGGCUGAGGGCUACCAAGAUGCGAAGGAGGUCAAGAGAGAUUUGGAGUGGACACAGAAGCACGUCUCCACCUUAAAAACAAAGGCUUCCCGCAAACACCCCAAGGAAUACAAGCAGGCCCGCGCACGCUACCCGUCGCCGGAAUACUGA